AGGAUUAAGUUAGAAAUUUCUCUAAAGUUAAAGAGAAAUCAUCAAAGAAAACAGCCACACAAACGGAGCAGAAUUCCUACCACUCGUGGGCCACUUCGCAGGAAUUUUAAGUGAUCACUUAGGUAGGCUAUAACUGUGACUUCCCCUAUUUUAAUAAUGCGUUGUUAACAGUGAUUAAGUUUUGAAAAAGCUACGUGCUGAAUCCAUUUAAAAAAACUUAGGAUACAAGCCUAAAAAGAGACUGCAGAGAGCCUAAAAGAUCGUGGAGUGUAUGCAGACAUGAGAAGCACCAGCAGCAGAAUGACACACAAGUCUAGUGACGAUAUUUCAAACAUGCAAGCUCGUGAGAAGCAGAAAACCAAUCAAGGAGGGCAUGGUUUAACACCCAAGUCCUCUCUUAAUCUCGCCCACGCUGGGGAGCUGGUGGUUUUUGAAUAGCAAAGAUGUGGAAUAAACCGAAUUAGGAGAACCGCGAAAAGCACCUUGGUCUUUCUAGACGCCACAAGAGCCUUCUCUCCUCCCUGUCCAAAUACGAACCUUGCCGAGUGAGGCAUGAAAGAAGGCCCGGGGGAAGCGAUCUGGGCCUAGGAGAGUUCCAUUUGUGAAGAGAGCCACUCACCUGUCUCCAGAGCAACAGUGGCGACCAUAACAAACGGAGACACCAACUCGCUACGAGCCCGACAGAGCAAAAGCCCAGAGCGGCGAGGGAAGUUCCGGAAACCACGGCUCCUUCUCCCGGUCUCCGGUCUCCCGGCAUUGUGGGAUAUGGUGCAGGGAGGCUCCGCCCAUCCCCGGCCAGCUCCACCCCUGCUGGCUCCCGAACGGCAGGGGGUGGGGACUGGGCCCUGGCAGCGCCCGAGGGAAAGGUGCCGAGUGUUUUAGCCUUCGAAGGACUAUGGUACUUCCAUGUCAUCGUGUUGUGGUGCUCCCAUCUGUGGCAGUACAGUAGUUUUCCUCUCUUUUGCCUGUGGUGACGAUUGGUGUGUGGGGUGCCCAGAGGCCUCCCUGGCCCCCUCACGCCUGGCAGAAUGGCCUCAGCUCGAGGGGACAAGCAGUCUUUGCCCCGGGUGGGAACCCCCUGCUACACAGAGACGUCCAUGGUCCGCGUGGAGACCUCGUCCCACCGCGUGGAGCCAUCGUCCCAGCGAGUGGAGCCCUCCCAGCGCUGCAGCGAGGGGCCCUCCCUCUCACCGUCAGGAAACCAGCACACUCGCGUCCUCAAGGCGUCCUCCCUGCACGUGGAAACCUCCUUGCAGUGCAAGGAAACGGCCUCCCACCACGUCCGGGCCUCGUCCCUGCAGAUGAAGAUGUCUCUGCACCGCGUGGAGAGCCCGGCCCCAUGGGCCAGACCGGCUGCUUCCCCCCAGAGGGAAAAAAUGGCCUGAUGAGAUGCUGCUUCCCAAAGGCCACCAAGGAGCCAGGGCCCUUAGCCAGGACAGAAAGGCCUCCAGCUGCCAGGUGGACCAAUGUUUUUUGGUUUCAUGGAAACAGCCCAUAAAUCAAUGUAAGAAACAGCCAAGCCACGGUUCCUGAACACAGCCAAGGUUUAUUGACCGUCGUCCUGUAGCAUCUUGGACCAGCCUACUUUUGACCCAGUGAAUUAUUUUCACUUGAAGCCAGCACAAAAGGUUUUCAGGCCCAGGAUGCUGUAUAAAUUGGGUUGAUGGACAAAGAGGCUGUUUGAGCCUCUGAGCCAGAUGAGUUUGGGAUCCAAAGCCCUCAGAUGACCUUCACCCCUUAGGAACAGAGACCACACUGAAAUCAUGACCUGUGGAAUGAUUCCAUGCCUGCUAAAAGGUUGAGAGGCAACAAACAGACUCAUAAAUUAUUAAUUGGUCUUUGUUUAUGUUUCAAAGUAAAUGGGUUUCUUUAUGUUAAGUCUUUGUACCUGAUACACCUAUCCAUACACUUUUUUAAGGUAGGUUAGAUGUAGUUAAAAAUUACAGCAAACCCACCAGCAAGCAAAAAUAAUCUUAGAAGAGAAAGUGAAAGGAGGUCAUUGAAACCUGACCUGAGGUUUGAAGAUGGACAAGAGUCAUAUUUAUUGAGAACCUGCUCUGUGCCAGGCACUACAGAUGCUCCUCCACUUACGAUGGGGUUACCUCCCAAUAAACCCAUUGUAAGUUGAAAAUAUGGUAAUUUGAAAAUGCGCUUACUGUCUACAACCUACUACACAUCGUAGCUUAGCCUAGCCUACCUUAAACAUGUUUGUCAGACCUACCCUCUGCGGGAGGACUGAGCUCGUUCGGAAAAAACCGGACCGCAGGUUAGAAGAAAGUCUUAAGUUCAGGCUUUAUUGAGAGGAAAGAGCCUCUGGGCGGACCAGCAGGGAAGAAGAGGAAAAUGGCCGCGCCGCUCAGAGGAGCAGAGUUCUUUUUAGGGGGCUGAAGGGCUGAGGGAGUGGGGAAGCCGAGAGCCGAGGUGGCGGGCAAUGGUUGGUCAGUUUAAACCGCUGGGCGGGGAAGCCGGGCAGCGGGAAACUGGGAGGCGGGGAAGCUGGGCGGCGGGAAACUGGGAGGCGGGAAGCCGGGAGGCAGGAAGUUGGGGAGAGCUGAUGAGGCGGGCGGUCAGCGGUUGCCGGGCGGGAGGUGGCUGCGGCCAGGCGGGAAGGCUAGAGCGGUAUGUAGAGUGAGAGAUAAGGGAGCCUCUUUGUGGGGGAGGGAAAGAGCUUUCACGGUAGGGGCAGAGUUUUCCAAACUGUUUAGGACACAUUAGCCUAAAGUUGAGCAAAAUCAUCUAACAAAAAGCUUAUUUUAUAAUCAAAUGUUGAAUAUCACAUGUAAUUUAUUGCUUACGGUACUACAAGUGAGAAAUAAUGGUUGUAUGAGUACUUAAAGUAGUAUCUCUACUGAAUGUCGCUUUUGUACCAUUGGGAACUGUCUGUAUUCUGGGAACUUGGACUAUACCAGUAAAAAAGGCAAAGACCCAACUCUAGUGGAGCCUACACUCUGGUGAAAAGGAAGACAAGCAAUGAUGAAAGGAGACAAUUUUCUACUGUGAUUAGCACUAUGAAGGAAAUAUAUGGGUAAUGUGAUAGAGAAUGGAAGUAAGAGAUUUCUUUUGAUAAAAUGGUUAGGGAAGGCCUUACUGAUUAGGUGACAUUUAAUCUGAGCUAUGUGUGAGCGAACAGUGAUCUGGAAAGGGGGCAUUCCAGGCAGAAGGAACAGCAAAUACAAAAGGUGGAUGGAACAAGUUUUGAAUGUUCAAGGAACAGAAAGAAGGCCAGUGUGGCUGGAGUGAGAGAGGGGCAAUUAUAUAUACGUGGAAGCAGAAUGGAAGACAGGAGAUUAAAAGCAAGCAGGGGCCAGUGCACAGAAGGUCUUCUAAGCCACAGUAAAGAGUUUGAGAUUUAUUCUAAGGUCAACAGGAAAACGUUGGAGGGUUUCCAACAGGGGAAUGACAUGAUGCCAUUUACAUUUUAAAAAUAUCCUUCUGGCUUCUGUGUGUAGAACGUGGGACAGUGGUUCUCAAUGCAGUGUGAUUUUGUCCCCCAGAUGAUAUAUGGCAAUUUCUAGAGAUAUUUUAGUGGUGGAAAAGUUGGGGGGCGGUGUACAGAAGGUGCUACUACUACCUGGUGGGUAGAGGCCAGGGAUGCCACCUCACAUCCUACAGUGCACAGGCCAAUACCCCCACCCUCUGCCAACAACGGAGAAUCACUGGUCCCAAAAUGUCAAUAGUGCCGAGGCUGACAAACACUGAGAGUUCUAGCAGUUUGAAAAGCUAGAGCAUGGUCCACUGGGGCAGCACCCUACUUCUGCAUAUCAGGAUUGUAGUGAGACCUAAGAAACGGUCAUGGAAGAGGGUUACCUCUAAACUUAAAGAGAAGUCAUCAAAGAAAACAGCCACAAAAACGGAGCAGAAUUCCUACCACUCGUGGGCCGCUUUGCAGGAAUUUUAACAGUGAUCACUAACGUAGGCUGUAGUAAUUGUGGCUUCCCCUAUUUUAAUAAUGCGUUGUAACAAUUGUUAACAACGUUAACAAUUUAACGUUGUGAUUAAGUUUCGCAAAAGCUACGUGCUGAAUCUGUUAAGAAAAACUUAGGAUGCAAGCUGAAAAAGAGACUGCAGAGAGCCUAAAAGAUCACAGAACGUACAUAUAUAUAAGAAGCACAAGUAGCAGAAUGAAACACAAGUCUGGCAACAAUAUUUCAAACUUAUGCAAGCUCAUGUGAGAAGCAGAGAGCCAAUCAAGGACACGCUUUAAGACAUAAGGAAGACACGCUUUAAGACACAACUCCUCUCCCUUAGUGUCGCCCAUGCCGGAGAGCUGGCGGGGUCGUGUUUGAAUAGCAAAGAUGUGCAAACAAACCAAAUGAGGAAAACUGCAGAGUACCUUAGCCUUUCUAGAUGCUACAAGAGCCUUCUCUCCUCCCUGUCCACAUACCCUGCAGAGAGUGAGGCCUGGAAGGAGGCCCCAGGGAAGCGGGAGAAGCUGUCCGGGCCGAGGAGAGUUCUAUCUGGAACGACUCCAGGCUCAAAGAGCUACUCACCUGUCUCCAUAGCGACGGCAGUGGCCAAAACAAAUAGACACUGAAUCAACACCAGCCCAACAGAGCAAAAGCCAGGAGGGGCGGAAGCAGUUCCGGAAACCACGGCUCCCUCUUCCGGUCCCGGGGCAUUGUGGGAUAUGGGGGCGGUGGCUCAGCCCAGGCUGGCUCUCUAAUAGCAAGGGUUUGGUGCCAGGCUGUGGGAGUGCCAGAGGGGCAGGAGCCCAGGGAGGCAGAGAGUUUUACCCUCAAAUGGAGUGAGUCCUGGCUGGGCGCGGUGGCUCACGCCUGUAAUCCCAGCACUUUGGGAGCCCGAGGCGGGUAGAUCACGAGGCCAGGAGACCAGCUUGGCCAAGAUAGUGAAACUCCAUCUCUACUAAAAUACAAAAGUUAGCCGGGCGUGGUGGUGCGCGCCUGUAAUCCCAGCUACUCGGGAGGCUAUGGCAGGAGAAUUGCUUGAACCCGGGAGGUGGAGGUUGCAGUGAGCCAAGAUCGCGCCACUGCACUCCAGCCUAGGCGAAGAAGCGAGAUUCCGUCUCAAAAAAAAAAAAGGAUGUGGGGGGAGGGGAAAUGAGUCCCAGAGUCUGGCACAAGGAAGACAAGUGUGCAAAGUUGGUGGAAUGAAUUCAGUAGCCUAAAUAUACCUUCCUCAAGCACCACGGCA